CUUAAUUCUUAUCUACGAAUACUUAAACUAUGCGCGUACUCCACCAACUAGUUUGAAAAAAAUAGAGUAUAGUUAAUUAAUUAAGUCCUUCGUAUAGAAGCAAAAUGAAAGGGAUUAUGAGAGUGGUGACUAGUGGGUCGGUCAUUUUGUUUACCCAAGAAUUCAACACAAGUCUGAACCACUCAAGCGGACACGAGAGAGACGAGGUUGAAGCUGGUAAGAAUGGCAUCAAUGGCGUAUUCAAUGAGUUACCAAUAUAAUCCCAAAAAUAUCAUUCAGCAGAAAACCCAUCAAAUUAUGAACUUCUCUCCACCUCUCUGCAGUCUUUCUUGCGAAGAGGAGCCGCAGAAGAAGAAGCUCAAUGAUCCAAUCAACAGAAGAGAAUUGAUUCUUAGAAGCAGUGAGCUUGCUACACUUGGAGCUAUUUUCCAUUUCAGUGGAACUAAACCAAGUUAUUUGGGAGUGCAAAAGAGCCCACCUUCCUUAGCUCUAUGUCCUGCUACUAAUAAUUGUAUUUCCACCUCUGAAAGUACCUCUGACCUCAACCAUUAUGCCCCUCCUUGGAACUAUAACCCUGAGGGAGGGAGAGGGAGCAAAAACCCUGUUAGUAAAGAAGUUGCAAUGCAGGAGCUUCUAGAAGUUAUCAAAUCAACAAAACCAGACAAGUUUACACCUAAAAUCAUGGAGAAGAAAGACGAUUAUGUACGCGUGGAAUACGAAAGUCCCAUAAUGGGGUUUGUUGAUGAUGUUGAGUUCUGGUUUCCUCCGGGGAAGAAGUCUAUUCUAGAGUACCGUUCUGCAUCUCGAUUUGGGAGUUUUGAUUUCGAUGUGAAUAGAAAACGAAUCAAGGUGUUGAGGCAAGAGUUAGAGAAGAAAGGAUGGGCUUCAGAAUACACUAUUUAAGUAUCAAAUCUAUGUGUAUGAGAGUUUGUUCUUUCAUCAAGUGUCACAAAAAAUGCGUGACAAUUGAAGCAUUUUUUGGUAAUUGGCAUUGCUUUGACUUUACUUACACCCUAUUUUGACUCAUCUUUUUAAGUUUUGAUUUCCAUAUAUAGUUGUAGAUUAUAUUGACUCUUGUGGGAAUCUGGUUGUUGGGUCCAUUGGGACAACAAAUUCAUUAGGCUGUUAAUAUAUAGCCUUUACAUAAGGGACAAAGCAGCAACUAACAAACUCUUAGUUUGUUAUAACAACCUCUAAAACAUAUUAUUGUAACAGAAUCCUAACAACAACUUCAGCUACUAAACCCAUAACAUAAUGACUGCAGUCCACAAGAUGUCAUUUAUCGUGUGCACACAAACAACCAGUAGAGGCUUCUAUUUCUGAUGUGCAACACUAGUGUCUUAUUGGAUGAUCUGUGAUAUGGCAAUACCUGAAACAUCUGCCCAACAGAUGUUCAUUUGCUUAUAGGCCCCCGACUAUAAGGUUGCUUAGGCUCUGGUAUGGAAUUAUCAUUUUCAAAAGAAACAAGUGAGUUACAUUACUAGCAACAACUUAAACUUAGAAGCACAUCCACUAGUCAAGCGACAACUUUUUAUGUCCUCAACAAUAAGCAUGGUGGUCCGAAAGAUUCUUGAAAGGAAUAAAAUGUCGCGGAAAUGUCUAGAUGUAUCAACAAUGUUCUAGCGGAGACUACAACAUUCUUAACACUUAUAGUUUUGUCUUGAAUGUUUUGUUAAAGUCUAAAACACUCUACAAGUAUCAUAUAAAUACUAGUUGGGUCUAGAUUGUUCUAGAAAAACCUAGAACAUUAUAGUGAAGUGUUAGGUACUAUAAUAGUGUACAAGUGUCUAGAACAUUCUAGUGUAAGGACAUGUGGCUUGAUUUUAACCAUAAGUCCAAGAGGUGUAAGAGCUCUCUAAAGGACUUACGAAUACCGGAAGAGGUGUAACAACAACCUUUUCACUUCGAAACUCAAAAUCUUUUUUUUUAAUAGUUUAGUUAUUCUUGUGAGAGACUAUUUCUUAAACUUAUGUGCUUAUUUUUUCUUUAAUUUGUAUUAAUUAGAUUUUUUAGGUUAUAAAUUUAAUGUGUCUUUCGAAGAGACAGUCUCUCACGACAAUUUUAUGUUAAUAGUUUUGUUGAGUUUAAUAAAACAUUCUACUAUUCUUGAA